CAACCUCGAUUCGGAGCCGCUUGUCCGAAGCGUCCACUUGGGGCCAGCAAAAAGAAGGCUCCCAGACCAGCCAAACCCGCUCAUCAGCCGCUGCAGCAACGCAAAAAACAACACAAAGGACAAAUAAAUCCAGAGAAAAAGAAACAGGCAAAAAUUACACGACAACUGCAGCGACUGAAACUAGCACAAAAGCAGAAUCAGCAUCGCAAACAAGAACGAAAACAGGGCUUGAAAGAACAUCGUAGGGCCGGCAGGUCAGAGAAGUAUCUGCAACUAUUUGUGAGUGGCAUGAAAAAAGUAAUCAGACCCGGAAUUCUGAAGGCCUACUUUGCAGGCUUCGGCAAGGUGCUCUAUAUGAAUUUUGCCAUGAAUCGCUCGACAGAAGAAUACCGUGGAAGUUGCUACAUUACUCUACAAUGCACAGCAAAUUCGGACAAACUUUCAGAUAGCGAGCACUUCAUACGUGGGGCUCAUAUUACUGUCGUGGAGUGCUACUCACCUGACAAUGCGAAAAUUAAGGCGAUGGGCUAA